AAUAGUACAAUAGUCAAAUGUAUUGCCUAUCAUUUGACCAGUUUCUCAGUUUUACUCCAAUUUGCUCAAUAUUUGGUAAACUCUAGAAUUUUAAGUAUUUUAACAUAUGUCGGAUUAUCUAUUUCGUUAUUUUGCCUACUAAUAACCCUCUGGACUUUCACUACUGUCAGACGAUUUCAUAGCAUUCGCGGUAUGAUACAUGCUAAUUUGGCAGGAUCUUUGAUUAUUUCCACUUGUAUAUUUUUAGCUGGGAUUGAUAGAACUGAUAAUAUGGUAUUAUGUCAGAUUAUUGCCGCAAUUCUUCACUUUUCGUUUUUGGCGUCCUUUGCUUGGAUGCUGGUGGAAGGAAUCAUUACUUUUAAAAUGGCUACUCAAUGGCCAGAAACGGUCUUUUCUUGCGUGAUAUAUAAUGUUUUAGGA